AUGAAGUUUCUCAUUCAAUCCAUUGCUGGGAGGAAUCGAUCUCUGGUUCGAGCUCUUGUUAGCCGGCGUUUCUUCGCUUCUUCGUCGUCUCCGGAGGAACUAGCAAAGAAAAAUUACGCCAACGAUCUGUUGGAGUACAACUCAGUUGUCAACUCCGUCACAGCUCAGCGCAGGCACUAUCUGUUGAGGGAUGUGUAUGAUGAUAUGAAGCUAGAUGGUGUGCAGCCUACAGCUGAUAUAUUCCAUUCAUUUGUUGUGGGAGUGAUGAAGGGCGCUCGUUUAAGUGAUGCUUUCUUUUUUCGUGAAGAAAUGAAGUCCAUGGGAAUUGCUCCAGAUGUGAACUUGUACAACUUUUUGAUUUCCACUUGUGGUAAAUGCAAGAAUGGAAAGGAGGCGAUCCGAGUCUUUGAUGAGAUGAAGAGAUAUGAUGUAAAACCAAAUGGACAGACUUUUGUUUGCCUGCUCAAUGCCUGCGCUGUUUCUGGCCAUUUGGAUCUUGUGUAUGCGAUAGUUAGAGAUAUGACUGCUGCUGGUGUUGGUUUGAACCAGUUCUGCUAUGCAGGACUCAUAACUGCUCAUCUAAACAAGGAGCCGAGACCAGAAAAUCUUUCCACCAAGAUUCUCGAGUUGGUGGAGCAGUCAAAAGGCUGGUCAUCAGUUGAUUCAUCAAGGAAGAGUGCAGAAGAUAUGAUGUUUAACAUCAGUGAAGAAGAGCUGUACAAUGUUCCGACCGCUGAAUAUUCCCACAGGAGCAGGUUUCUGCAGAGGAAUUUGACCGUGUACCACGUGGCAUUCAGUGCGCUCGCUGAUAUGAAGGAUGUACAAGCAACGGAAGCUCUUCUUGAGAUGCUUAAGAAAGACGGAAAAAAUACGGAUACUUACUGCGUGAUACAGAUUAUGAGGUGCUACCUACACUCGAAAGACUUUAAAAAUGGUCUUAAAUGGUUUGAAGAUUACAUGAACUCAGACAAAACCCCUGCCAUGGAACUCUACACGACUCUUAUAGAGGGAGCCAUGACAGAUUACACAGAGGAAGGAAUGAAGAUUGCUCAAGACACUCUGGUCAGCAUGAACGAUCGAAAUUUCUUCUUAGAUGCAAGAACUGGAAGCAAUCUGCUACUCAAAGCUGCUGGUGAAAAGACCGGAGGGUACACGGUUGCCAAUAUGACAUGGGAUCUUAUGCAAGCUCGGAAUAUUCCACAGACACUAGCUUCUGUUGAAGCUUACUACAAGGGUUUGAAAGAACGUGAAAUACCAGAGGAUGAUCCGAGACUGAUGCUAGUAACGCGUACACUCAAUACCCUGAAGCGUCAGCAAGGGACAUUUCUUAACCGACGUUGAAGCAAGCACAUGGACCAAGAGGGAAAAAGUAUGAUCAGUGUUUCUUCAUUUUCUGAAACUAUUUACUUAUUAUGACCUCUGUAAACCAAUCGGGGAAGCUUUUCAAUCAGUCGUUUAGAUGAAUAAGGAGACUUGCUAUAAGAAGAAACUUCAUCCAUAGGAUUAUCAUUCGGAUGUUACUCUGAUUUCAGUUUGCUUUUUAACCUUGGAGAUCUUUGUCUUUACGUACAAAGUAACAAAUUGAUUUAAAAGAUUCCAACGCCUGUUUGGUUUAUAAAUAUCAGGCUGUUCAAUCAAAUCUCAAAUGCACCAGUUUGUUUUUUUUUUGGCAAGGAAGAUGAGAAAAGAAAACCUAUACAUUCUGGGUGUAUCCAUUUGCAGAGAUUAAUAAAAGCAAGAGCAGUUUCUGAAUCACCAAAUCAUAUUAAUACAUCUUGAGGUCUC